AUGCGGAAGAAACUCGACGAAAAUCAAAAACCACUGAUAGGAAGAGUGAAAAAAAGUGCCGUAAAUCCUUCGAUAGAAUGUCAUCUCUAUAGUUUCAUUUCGCAUUCAAUUAUCUCAAUUUAUGAAACCAUGCAUUUUCUGAAUAUUGUUCUCAUUGGGGCCAUUCUGAUCCCUGGAGCUAACGGAGCUGGUGUACUUGUACAUUGCACGGAAGGUGAAAGGCUGUUGGCAUUCUCGUGUACAGCCCGUCUCAUUGAUUUCUCUAAAAAGGCUCGACACAUCGACACAGAGAAUGAUGGCGAGAUGGAGAAGUUUUAUAAAAUCUGCAGAGAUUUGAAAGGCUGCGAACAAUCUCAUAAUCAUUGCCCGAACAUUCGAGAUAAUAAACCCAUAUUCGAUGAAAUGAGCACUUGGUGCUCCCUUGUUAAGUUUGUCACUCAAGAUAUAGCAGAAUGUGAGAAAAAAGUGGACAAGAAGAAGAAUUUGGCAUGCUAUAAGGGUUGGAGUCCAUUUGAUAACUAUGUCGACAUGAAGAACGAGAAAAAUGUUCAGGAUGUGUGCAAAAACUUUUUUGGAAAUGGUAAUUGUCUUAAGAAGGUGAUCACUGAGGCCUGUGGUACAAGCGAUUGGGAGAAGCUUAAGAAUAAGCUGAUUUCCAUGAUUGAUAAGGCCGAGGAAUGCGACUUCAAAGGGAUAAUCUAA